GGCCUACCUGUUGAGACGUUGACAGUUGACACAAAGAGACUGGUCAGUCAGUAUCCGGCAGUAAGGGAAGAAAUAUGCUGCUGCUGUCUGUAAUUUGAUCUUCUCUUUAGUAAUGCCUUCAAUUGGGACUGGAGACUCGCCCAGUGCAUCUGAAGACAAUAGACUGCCACACUCAUCUGCAAUGGCCCCAGCUAAAAAGAAUGCCACACACUACAACAUGGAGCACAAAGAGCGUGGGCUUGCAUUGAUCUUUAAUCACGAGAAUUUUUCUAUUCCUCGGCUUAAUCUCAAAUCAUCUCCCCGCAUUGUGGACUGCGAAAACUUUAAAAAUACCUUAGAAAGCAUUGGCUUCAAAGUUCAUAUUUACUCUGACUUCACAGUUUCUGAGAUAAAUGAAGUCAUUCUUGAAGUUGCUUCGGAUAAUCAUUCAGACAGAGACUGUUUAUUCAUAGCAGUGCUCUCAUAUCGACAGCAGGCAUACCUUUGCGCCAAAGAUGGGUUCUUUAACCUUGAUUCACUCUGGACACCUUUUUUCGCUGACAGCUGUCCAACACUUGCUGGGAAACCCAAGAUCUUCUUCAUUCAUGCAAGCGAGCCUAAUGGAAGCCAUUGUGACAGUUUGGAUAAUCCAAAAUAUAAAGAAACUGAGACUGGCAAUUCUAACUCUUACAAAAUUCCAGUUAUCACCGAUUUCCUUAUUGUUUACUCUACAUGUCCUGAUGUAAAGUUCAUGAAAGCUCUUUCUGAAGAGUUGAAAUCAAAAGGCAGCAUUCUUCAUCUGCUCACUAUUAUCUUAUCUGUUAAACAACUUGUUGAUCAAAACCCAGUUGUAGUACAUCAGUUGACAAGGCUUAUCAAAUUUUCUCAAAAUAAAUCUCAACUUCAGACAACAACUUCUCAUGAUGAGCCCCCUGAAGUUACCGAGGGUCCACAAGAAUCAUUUCAGCAGAAGCAAUUCCAAAUUGCAAAAGAGCUGAUCUAUCACUAUCACAAUCGUAAUAAACCUGGUGUUGCAGAAAAACUUGUGGAGAAGUUAUCACAGCUGUCCUCUAUUGGAAAGCCAAUAGAUGAAAGUGAAAAGAAGAAAUUUCAGGAUGCACUAUCAACAGAGUUACAGAAUCUAGACUUAGAUGUGAAAGUGCCUCAGCAGUCUGGCUCAACAUCUCAACAUGACCCCCUACAGAAAUAUAAAAUGGACUACAGUUCCAGAGGACUUGCCCUAAUUAUUGCCCACAGUAAAUUUCAGGUUCCUGAUUAUCACCUGUCUUACCGUGAAGGUUGCGACCAAGAUGUUGCUCAAUCGACAAAAUGCUUCACUAAAUUAGGCUUUGAAGUAAGACCAUUUAUAGACAAAACAAAGGAAGAAAUAAUUGAUUUUGUAAAUGCUGUCAGCAGGGAAGAUCAUUCUAAAAGAAGCUGUCUAGUUGUAAUUGUAUCUACACAUGGUCUGGAAAGAGAUUGCAUAUUCUCCUCUGAUGAUAUUUACCACAUAAGUACAUUGCUUGAACCAUUUCAGGCUGAAAAUUGUGUUACUCUAGAUAAAAAGCCAAAGCUGAUUUUUGUACAAUCUUGUAGAGGGCACAAUGUGCAGUCUCACAUAGAACUUCAUGAUGGUGAUGUAGCAUUAUCUUCUAAGCAGGAAAGUAGGAAGACUUUCUUACCAUACAAAGAACGUGGUUGGACAGCAAAAAUGGACCUGCCAUGGCCAGAUAUAAAGGAUGAUUUUCUUCUUUUCUUUUCUACAAUUCCAGACCAUGCUUCAUUCCAUCAUCCCAGGUGUGGCUCGUGGUUCAUUGCAGCUCUUUGCAAGAUGCUAGAAAAACACACAAACUGUGAUAUAGAUGACAUUCUUACUAAUGUGAAUCAUAAAAUUGCCAUUGAUUAUGUGAGUAGUUCAAAGGAUAAAGCAACAGAUGGGAAAAAACAGAUGUCAGAGGUAAUCUCAAAAUUAAGAAAGAUUUUAAUAUUUCCUUGCUGAGAUUGGUUGUUUAGCUGCCUUAUCAGUCUCAUAAUGAUUUUACUUUUCUUACUCGUUCUUUACCUCUAUCGAUAGAGGAUAUCCUGCUCCCCUUUUGGGAGUUGGAAGAAUCAGUAUUGUGCUCAGUACAAUGAAAUUUGGGAGCGAUUGACCCAACGUAACUUUGGCCCAGUUGUAAUUUACCCACAAGUAUUUCAGCCCUGGUUAAUUCACCCAUGAGUAUUAUUGAUCCAGGGAGCUUUUCACCCAGGUGUAUUAUUAUUUUCAUGAACAAAGCAAAAUGUUUCACAAGGCCACAAGCUACAGUUUUACAGUUUAACAAAUGUAUCACAGUAUUCGAACCAAUGCUACUCGAGUCUUAGUCUUUUAACAUGACGUCACAAUGUUUGAAGUACAGUGAUAGUGUAAAGGAAACCCUUGAACAUGAGAGUGUGCCCCCCCCCCCCCCCCACACACACACACACUUGGGAAUAAUAGACCAUUCUAGCGCGUUGGGAAGAAUCAGAAAGGAGUGGAAAGAGACACUACAGAAAGCUCAUAUAAUGUCAAUCUUUAAAAGCCGUUUGGUAAAGAGAAAAAUAUUUAGAAUUUAAGGGUAUGUUACAAAAAAGAUACAAUGUGAUUUACAAGCUGUUUUUGAGUUCUGCUAAUGGUAAUUUUUGAUUGUUUGUGUUCUUAUCUGGACUCGCUAGAAUGGUCUAUCUUCAGAAAUUUGGUCCAUAGUAUAAAAAUGUGGCUUGCAAACUCUGUACUAUAAUUUUAUGGGCAAUGUUUUUUGAUUGUUUGUUGAAUCGCGGUAGCCCGCACCUGCUCCUCUCCUGCCCUCGGCAAUACCCCACAAGCAGGCAACACCCCUCGGAUUUAAUUUCUUUGUGGGUGAAUUGUUCAGGCAUGAGUGAGAUGUGGGUGAACAGGCCUUGGGUGAAUAAUAGGGGGUGAAAAGACCCUGGGACUUUGGGUUAGUUGGGUGUUCGGUGAGUGGGCCGUAACCCAAUUUUUUGUAAAAAAUUGUUCCCUUAUCUAUCCAUACAUAACUUCAUUUACAAUUAUGUGUUCUCUCUACUGUGCCUCUACUGCCUUCAACUCGCUUCAACUCUUACUCCUAAACAAAAAGAAUUGUUGAAGAGUGUCGCAGCAGUUUGCUUUCAAUUGUUGUUGUCAAUGUGAAACUUGCCAUGGUUAAUUAAAACAUUCUCAAGAGUUGAAAGGUAAAUGUUAAUGGUAUUUAAAUAAACUGUUUGAAGAAAAUCUUUA